AUGCGCGCAGAUUCCCCAACGCACGGUCUGCCACGCCAACUUCCUAAUCAGAGGUUGUAUUCCAAGGUUGUGCGCAUCGGGGUCAAGGAACGGGUCGGGCGACGCGCCCGCUUCGGGUACCACGAUGCCAGUCCCCGAAUUGCACAAGCCGGAGAAGAUGGUGUAAUUGCUUUUCGCGAGUCUGUUCAAUCAACGGAGAAAGCAGAGCCUUGA